CCAACAGAAACUUCAGUUGGAAAACAAGAUUAUGAAAGGAUUAUGAAUCAUCAUUAUACUUGAGAGGAGAAGAGAAGAAAGACCUUGAAGGAAAUUCCUCCUCUUAUUAUCAUCAAACCACGCAACUUCUUCCCACUGCGAUUCUCGAGACAAAAUACGAAUACGACAAGUGAGAGCUUCAUCGCCUCAUCCCAGCUCAGACAACUUCCAUCUCCACUCGUUAGACUGUCCUAGUCUCUCACAUGUAAAUUCGUGGUACUAGUCUGCUUAUUUAUAAACCAUCGUUAUCUGUCUUCUAUUAUCGUUCUUGUUGCAUCAUCACUCUCCUUACUACUGCAUGGACAGAGUCAUCCACCACCACCAGCAACGCCAACUUCGACAUCAUGCCGCACUCGCUGUUCAAUGCGAUCGUGGAGGCAUCCUCCAGCCCGGAGGAUCGCUCUCCGAUCCUGCAGUCCAAUUCUGACAGCGACGAACUGGGCUACCAGUCCGUCGACGCAGCCAAGGAAGAUGAAGCCGACGAGAUGGUUGGUAGUCGCAUGAAGGCCCGUAUGACGCCCGCGGAGGAGAAAUCUCGCAUCAUGGAGCGCAAUGGCCAGUAUUUUGAUGCCGUUCCUGACAAUGUUCCCGACUCCGACGGUCUCUUUCUUCCUGAGAUCACUUCUGAACCAGAGUCGCUGCCAGAUGCUCGAGAAUCCCAAGCGCAUCCGCUAGAGGGAGCUGGUCAACAGGACCGUGUUGAACUGGCCCAGAAUAGGGUGCACCAGAGCACUAUUGCCCCGGCGAAAGACGGUCAACGGACCAGCUUCACCAGAUCGAUCCUGAAGAAUGGACUGCCGCGUCCUCGGGCCUGGUCUGGAGAUGCUAUAUCCAACCUGCGACUGAAGAAGUUUUUGCCGGAUCUGGGCUCUUUGGCGAAGCGGUCUUCGCUGCCCUUUCGGUCAAAUACUCUGCAUAACCGAGCCCGCAGCCAGACCGUGAAGCCUAUGCCGUCCGGACUGGCUCUUGAGCAGGCCCAGGCGGCCGCUGAACAGCAGAGGCGGCGGUCGUGCUCAACGCCCCACGCGCAUCUACCUGCUGCGGAGGAGCCGAUUCCGGAGUUGAGACCUUUGAACGGGAUGAUGGCUGCGAAGCAUUCAUUUACGCGCAAACCAAGUAAUUUCUCCGGGAACGCAGCCUCGCUCAGGCGAUCCUCAUCGGAUCAAUCUUUGUACCUGAGAGCAUCGUCCACGGCGUCGUCCCUGGAUCAGGCACCCCGGUACGAACAUAUUCAUUCCCAGAUCAACAGUCGUUUCAAGGCCAUCAAGGACAGUCUCCAAGACUCUAGUAGCCGGCUGCUGAGCAUGCCCACCUUGCACCUUCAGGAUCUCCGCAGCGAGUGGGGAUACAAGCCAUUUCUCAGCGAAGUCACCUAUCGAAAAGCAGUCCCACAGGCGGCCGAACGGCAGUCCCACCGGGAGAUUCUCAGAGAAGGGGCCUCGCAUUCGCGUGAGCAAUCCCCACGCAAUAAUUCAGCCUCGACGCAUCCCAUCCUGGCAGAAGCCAUGUCCGAGUUGACCGGCGACGUUGUCAUCUUAGGAGGCUACCGGGGCUCCAUCCUGCGCUCUGCCAAACCGCCCCAUCGCCAGCUGUGGGUUCCGAUGAAAGUGGGACUCAAUCUUCGCAAGGUCGAUCUCGAAGUCGGCUUGAACCCGGAGGACGAAGAGCGGAUGGAGGAAACGAUCAUUCCCUCGGGCGUGUUAUCGCAUGUCGGGCCCGUGGACAUCUGCCGCAGGCUGAUGAAGCGACUACAAAAGUGUGACAACGCCGUCAAUGGCAAGCUCCGCGUCUGGAACUACGGCUACGAUUGGCGACUGAGUCCGCACCUGCUCUCGAAGAAACUGAUCAGAUUCCUGGAAGGCCUCCCGUCCAAUGCACCCGAUGUGCCACCGGAGAAAAGAGGAGCGUAUGUCAUUGCCCACAGCCUGGGUGGUCUGAUUACCCGCCAAGCCGUCAACCAACGUCCCGAGCUCUUCGCCGGCGUCCUCUACGCAGGCGUCCCACAGCACUGCGUCAACAUCCUCGGGCCACUCCGCAACGGAGACGAGGUCCUCCUGAGCACCCGCGUGCUCACCGCGCAAGUGAACUUCACCUUCCGGACGAGCUUCGCCCUGCUCCCCGAAGACGGCCGCUGCUUCAUCGACAAACGCACCAAGGAAGAAUACCGCGUCGAUUUCUUCUCCGUCCAGAACUGGGAUGAAUACCGCCUCUCGCCCUGCAUCAGUCCCGCCCUGCCCCCGCUAACAGCCACCCGCAACUUCAAGGACAACCUGCCCGACCUCGGCAUCCGCAAGCGCUUCACCACCGUCCUCGGCAGAGAGAUCAACAACGGCUCCGCCGAGGAAAUCACCGACACACCCAGCCGACGCAGCACAGACGGCCGCGCCGUCCACCACCCACACCACCGCGAGAACGCCCCUACACCACCGACCCCCGCACACCAAGCUCGCAACAACCUCCACCAUCCCCGCGCCACGGCCAUCGCCUACCUCGAACGCACCCUCGCCGAAGUCAAGCGCUUCAAGCAGGAGCUCGCCUUCAACCCCGCCCACCAGGCCGAGAACCGCUACCCGCCUGCUGCGGUCCUCUACGGCAAAUCCGUCCCUACCGUCUACGGCGCGCGCGUCUGGUCGCCCGACCAGAUCAGGCGCCAGGAUGCAUACGACGAUCUGGCCUUUGCGGCCGGUGACGGCGUCUGUCUUGCGUCGGCGGCGAUGCUGCCCCCGGGUUACCGGAUCAUCAAGGGCGGACUGGUCAAGAGCGAGCGCGGGCAUGUUGGGCUGCUGGGCGAUCUGGAGGGUGUGGGCCAGUGUCUGCGGGCUUUGGUCCGUGGUCGACGGGAGGGCGUGGGAUUGGGACCGGGGCCUGGGCCGAAGCCUGAGCCUGCGCCUUCUUCGUAAAGUUCUUCUACGGACUGCAUGCAUUUGAUACCCCAAAGCGCUUGUUUUAUGAUGACGACAAUACGAGUAAUGACCCGACUGGUGCUAUCUGCUGCAUGGCGCCUUUGUAUACUACAUCUCCAAUCGUUCAUAUAGAGAAGAUAGACA